CCUUCUGGCGCGGCCUCUGCUACUCUUGACUCCUUAGUGGAUCUAUUGGGUCUCUGGUCCAACCAAAGUGUCAUUCUGUUCUGCCCCUUUCCUCCCGCCAUCACCUCCCAGAGCAUUGGAUACUUCUCCUGCUCCUCUCUGCCUGCAUCGGAUACUUCUCCGGCGGGUCCAGUUAGCCUUCAAUCUAGUACCACUGAUGUUGGUUUAGAUUCCGUCCUGGUUGGACGAUGCUUGAUCACCGGCUCUGCUUCUGGUGUUCAUCGAGGUUGCCUUCAACCUGUAGCCACUUGUAUCGGCUCAAAAUCUGUAUUAAAGUCACAAUGUUUGGUGACUCCCCCGCACUACCAGUUGAGGUCUUUGUGUUUGACAUUGCUCCUGGUUCUCUAUCAAGCAUUGUUAUGCUUGUGUCUCUAUCUUUGUUACUUGCUGGUUUAUUGUAUUUUAUUUUUCAAGACUGCGAUUCGGAUGUGUCCGAUAGCUUAUCCUCUUGUAACUCUU